AUGACUACUAAACUGCCUUAUCAAUCGAAUGAAAAUAUUUCACAGCAUUCAAACGCAAGCGUAACAUUACGAGAUAUCUUGCAGUCUUAUUCACUUUUUGCAAUAUUAGGUAUUAUUGUAGGGUGUAUUGGUGUGCUAUUUCAAACUUGGGUUAUCAUUACAGUAUGGCUAACGAAACGAAUGCAUGUUGCAUCAUUCAUAUUAAUGGGAAAUUUAGCUGUUGCUGAUCUUAUGUAUAGCAUUUCGUUAUUCUUUUACGGUGUGCUGCAGCUGAUGUAUAUCACAACUUCUCCGAUUUUAAUGGUUAUGGUUGUUAAUUGUUAUAUUUCAUUUUUCUUAAUUGGUAUGAAUUACGGUACAUCGAUUAUAACGUUAACAUUUAUUAGUUACGAUCGUUAUUACAAAAUCAUCUCGCCAUUAUCGAGUGAAUGCCGCAGUAAGAGAAGAAUUGUUUACUACCUCAUCACUUCCUGGCUACUAGGUAUUUUAGUAGGUAUGCUAUUAGCUUUAACAACAGGAGUUGAUCCUAAUUUUCCGUUUACCUGUGAUGUAUCGUAUAAUGUUGGUUUAGCUGGUACGCAAGCGAUCUAUACAUUUUUAACUUUAGCAUUUUAUGUUAUACCUGUUAUUGUCAUAUUGAUAUGCUACAGCAAAUUAAUCCAUCGACUACGACAUUUAUCACGUCCAGGAAUUAAUAACAAAGAGCAAUUGCGAAACCAUAAUGAAUCAAAGCAUUCAGCCAUAAGACUAAUUAUUGCGGUUACUGCUAUCUUCAUUAUUGUUACUUGGCCUUACUGGGUAUCAUCGCUAGGAUUAGUUUAUACUGGAGACACUUUUGUUUCAUUGCGCGCUAGUGGUAAGAUUCUUGAAGCAAGCAUAGCAGGAUUUGCAAGUGUACCCAUCAUGUUAACUGCAUUUAUCUAUCCGCCUUUAUAUCUGAUAUUCAAUAAAAGCCUCCGUCAUGAUAUGCUAGCCAUACUACGGUGUCCAUGGCAUGCCAGCCUCCCAUUACUAAUGAGAAGAACCUACAGUUCUAAAAAUCAAAUUAUAAUUAUGACGCGCACAGCAUCGACAACAAAUACUAAUAUUAAGAUAUGGUUAAUUCAUUGUACUUUGGCUGGUGUGAAUAAUGUCUACAUUGCUUCUAGCAUUGAAUAA